AUGCCAGGCACAAAACGGUUUCAACGUGUGACUGAGACCCCGGAGCCUGGCAAGUGGGAGUUGUCUGGGUAUGAGGCAGCCCUGCCCAUCACAGAGAAGUCACACCCACUGACCCGGGAUCUGGACAAAGCAGAUGCCGAGCAGACUGUUCAAUUGCUGGGGCAAUGUGAUGCUGAGAUCUUCCAAGAGGAGGGACAAGUCAUGCCACAUGCCAGGUGACCCAGACCCAUCCCCUGGACACUGCAAUGACUCAACAGUGAGUCAACUCUGACCACCAUGGUAUAAGUGGCUGGAAAAGUUCAGGAAGUGCUGAAGGAGCCUGAGGGGGGCGCUGGUGGGGCUGAGUGGAGGGGUACCUCUGGCAGGAUGGCAUUCCUCAUGUUGGUCUCCUUUAACCAGCUGAUGAAAGGUCUAGGACAGAAACCUCUUUACACCUACCUCAUUGCAGGAGGUGACAGGUCUGAGAUGGCCUCUAGGGAGGGGACGGAAGAUAGUGCCCUGGAUGGGAUCGAGGAACCGAAGAAGUCUGUGGCUGCUGGGAAGAAGAGGGUGAUUGUCAUUGGCAUUUCAGUGGGACUCUCUCCUCCCUUUGUGGCAGGCCAGGUGGACUACUGCAUGGAUAACCCAGCCGUCUUUUUGCCAGUCCUGAUUGGUUUCAACCCAGUGAGCAUGGCCACAAAUGACCCCACUGGAGACUGGAGUUCAACACUUCGACAAAUAGCAGAGCACAUGCAGAAACGCCAGAGAAAACAGAAAGCUUUUGUGCUCAAUCCUGCAACUGGGCCUGAGGGCCUCAGUGGCUCCUCCCAGAUGAAAGGUGGAAGUGCCACCAAGAUCCUGCUGGAAACCCUGUUGCUGGCAGCUCACAAGACUGCAGACCGGAGCAUCGCAGCAUCUCCGAGCUUCCACAUGGCUCACUUACCCCCUCCUCAACUCUCUGAUCCCACCCUCCUCCCAGGUCCCCAUUUCUCCUUCUCCCAGGAAGACUUCUUGACUUCCAUCCUGCCAUCCCUUGCAGAAAUGGACACUAUGGUCUUCAUUUUUACCCUGGAUGACAGCCUCAAGGAGGUGCAAAUGCUGGUGGAGCAGGUGAAAGAGAAGACCUCCAACAUCCAGGCCUUGGCACACAGCACUGUAGGGCAGUCCCUGCCGGAGAGGAGCCCUCUGAAGAAGCUCUUUCCCUCCAUCAUCAGCAUCACAUGGCCACUGCUUUUCUUCAAAUAUGACGGGGACUUCAUCCAGAAGUUCCAGCAUGAGCUAAGCACCAAGUGGGUGCUGAAUACGGUGAGUACAGGGGCCCAUGUGCUUCUUGGGAAGAUCCUCCAAAACCACAUGUUGGACCUCCACAUGUGCAACUCCAAGCUCUUCUGGCGGGCUCUGGUCAUGCUACAGCGGUUCUAGGGACAGCCCAAGGCUCGAUGCAUCGAGAGCCUCCUCCAGGCGAUCCACUUCCCUCAGCCACUGUCGGAUGAUAUUCGAGCAGCUCCCAUCUCCUUCCACGUCUAGGUUGCACACGAGAAGGAGCAGGCGAUCCCCAUAGCCUUGCUGAGCCUCCUAUUCCGGUGCUCCAUCCCUGAGGCCCAGGCAUACCUGGCUGCAGCUCCCCCUGUCCGUGAGGCUUUCAGGAGCUCCCUCACCCGGCCAGAUCGGAAGCGCAACGCGGACCUCUUGGAGACCCUAGAUCCUGCUGUGCCGCGAACUGGUGUUUCUGGGCGCGUGGAGGGGGCCAGCCCACCCCACGGGGACUUGUUGGGCCAGCAGCACGUGAAUGCCUUCUGA